GUGGAUGCUGCGAAAUUGAGCGGCUCCAUAGGUUGGCCCUUUUCAGAAGAAUUCCUGUCGGGACCAUUUAUGGCUCACUGCGGGAAAUAUAUUGAGGAAUGCACAGCAGAGACCGGGCUGGACUGAGAGAAACCGCAGGAGGAGCAAAACAACUGAUCUGGGAAAAGCAGAAAGUUGGAGGCUGAGAGGAGCAGGUGGAGCCCGGCAUCAACGGUUCACAGGUUUUCCUUCCAACAGGUGACUCCCCCUGACGUUCUAAUGCAUUUAUCACUGGACACCAUGAGCAUGGCGGACGACAGCUGCCUCUCGCCCAGCAACUUCCACGAAAUGGGGAAAGGCGGGGGCGCCGCAGUCGGGGGCCGCGUCCACAGCAUCGAUGUCAUCCUGGGCUUCAAUAAAGACCAGGACCCCUUGCUAAGUCCUGCCGGACCCCUGGGGCCCCAGAAGAUGGGCAUAGAUGGGCUGGGAGAUCACGUGAAGCAGCAGGAGUCCUUGUCCCACCCGUCCUACAGCGGACACCUGAGAAACUGCAGCUCACAGCAGCAGCAGUACCAGGAUGCUGGUUUGUACACAAACAAGAGUGACGAAGAGCUGGGCGAGCUCAGGAAAAACGUGGAGAGCGAUGAAGGCAAGUCACCUGAGUCAUGCAAGGAUGAUCAACCCAAGAAGAAGCACAGACGCAACCGCACCACCUUCACCACCUACCAGCUGCACGAGCUGGAGCGCGCCUUCGAGAAGUCCCACUACCCAGACGUCUACAGCAGGGAGGAGCUGGCCAUGAAGGUGAACCUCCCUGAAGUACGAGUCCAGGUCUGGUUUCAGAACCGCAGAGCUAAAUGGCGUCGGCAGGAAAAGAUGGAUGCCAGCACCAUGAAGCUUCAUGACUCCCCCAUGCUGUCCUUCAAUCGCCCACCUCCGGUUCACACCAGCAUGGGUCAAAUAACCAACUCCCUCCCGUUGGAUCCCUGGCUGACGUCUCCGCUGUCCAGCGCCACAUCUGUCCAGUGUAUCCCAGGCUUCAUGGGUCCAGCUCAGGCCCUCCAGCCCAGUUAUCCCAGCCAUGGAUUCCUCAACAGCGCCCCCCAUGCGCCUCACCCGCACGCUCACCCCCAUCCUCCGUCGGGGCAGGGGAUGCAGAGCAUGGCUCCCCCACCUUACCAGUGUCCAGCCGUGUACUCCGAUAAAUUCCCCCUGGAAGACGUGGAUCAGCGCAGCUCAAGCAUCGCCGCUCUGAGAAUGAAAGCCAAGGAACACAUCCAGUCCAUGGACAAGACCUGGCCACCCAUGUGACUAGCUGACAGUCCAUGUGAGGGACAAUCCUGACACAGAGCAGGCAAUGAAAACUCCUGUCAAGCCUGCUCUGCCACAAAAUUGAAGUGAGACUGAGCUGUGAAAACUGAAGAACAUUUUUGGUACUUUCUUUUCUUUUUAACUUUUUUUCUCAUCUCCAAGACUUAAAAGUGAAACCAUGGUGAGGUUACAUUAUGGGUUAUCUCUUCUACCUGUCGAUGUUUGGUGCCUUGGGUGCAACAAAUGCAGAAAAACCAACUAUGGUUUUCAUCGCUUGCACCCAAGAAACUACUGUAGUUCACAUUUUUUAAUUAAACAUGUUUUCUAAAAACUCACAGACAAAUUAAAUCUCACAUUUUAUGAACAUACUUGGGUGUCUUACAAAGGUUUCCACAACUCUUGAACUUUUUUAUAUUUUGCCAUGUUGUAGCCAUAAAUUUCAGCAUUUUAUGUUGGGAUUUUAUGUGAUGAGACGAUACAAAGCAGAGAAUCAUGGUGAAGUGGAAAACAAUGCUAAGGGCUUUGUUUUUUUAAAGAUUUUUGACACACGCACACAAAAGGAGAAGCAUUUGCAUUCCCUAUUAGUUUCCACCAAAACUAAUCUUCCCGGUUACUAAUUGUCUUAAUCUUUCUGGGGUCCAAAUGAUAAAAUAAGAAAAAUGCAUACAAAAUAUAGGAUAAUUAUAACAUUAACAUAAUACGCAUGAAAUUAGUCAGACAUCUCCCUUUACAAAUUACA